GCACUGGACAAUUGGGCACCUGCCGCACGCAACGCAACGCAGGCAGCCUAAGAACUCGUAGAACGCAACGGUGCGAUUAAAUCGGCGCGCGCUGCCUAUUUAUUUUGGGCCCCGCCCAGUGCUGCGGGCUGCUAUGACCAAGCUGCAGUGAGGGCUGCCUGAGCCCUACAACGGUAGGAUGGCCGAGGAAGAGCUCGCGGCCCUGCACGAAACGACAAAUGAAAUGUCCCUCGAGGACCUCUCAAACUUAAGAGCAGCAGCGGAGCUCGAGCUCCUCCAGGAGGCCGCCCGCAAAUACGAGACCGUGGAACGAGCGCGCAUCGACGAGGUCCUCGACGGCCUAAAGACGCAGGGCCGGUCGCUGCGCGAAGCCAUGGCGCUGCACGGCGCCGCGGCCGAGGGGUCGAGAGACGCAGGAGCACAAACGCCCGCCGCGAAGCAAUUGAGCGAGUCCGUCGCGCGAGGUUCAGCAGCGAUCGUGCGCCGCUCGAUAACGCACGUCGGCAUGUGCCAGGCCGUCGCUUCAAGAGCAUCACGGGCCGUCGUCGACGAUGAUGGUGCCAUUAUACUAGCGACGGGUGCGUUGCGCGAGAUGAGGGCAACAGUAUCUGCGUGUUUGACCUGGUUCGCGCGCGCCGCCUGCAACACGUCGGGCGGGGCUCUUAGUAGGGCGUUGCUGGACGCGGCCCUGACACUGCGACGGAAACGUUCAGAAUACAACGCGCCCAAGGUGGUCCACGUCGUCGAAGCGACGUUAGCCGAUCUAGAUGAGAAUGAACAUUUGCUGGCUUCGGUCGCGGAGCGCGGGCGGCACUGGCAGUUCCUCGACCGUUUGGAGGAUCCCCAUGUUGAUUUGGACGAGACAUAUAGGGCGUGUGCCUAUGCGUGUGCGGCGGAGGCCCGGCGCGGCCUAACGAAGACGCGGCAGCUCAAACGUAAAGUGGAGUUAGGCGCGGCCCACUACGAGCUCGUUUUAGCAUUAGCACGCGCGUCAGGUGUGGAGUCGACAAGUAGUGUAGCAGAUGCUUUAUUAGAGGUCCACGCCCUGGCGACGCCGGUACCGUUUGAGGCGCCGGGCAUCUCGGACAACGCUCUAGGACGGGUCUUCGACGUCGUGGCGGGCGAUGGGGACGUGAAAACCUACUGUCGACUCGCACGGGUCUGCCGCCAGUUCCGCGACGUCAGCCGCGCGAACGGCCCGGCGUCGCUGGCCGAGGCGCCGUCGGGCAUUCUAUUGAGGGACUCGCGGCAAGCGCGGCGCACGAAGGCGGAAAAAGCUGACGCCUGCGCGCGCGACGCGUCCCUCGCGGCUACUUUAAGGUGGGUCGCGCGGGGCAAGCCGCGCAAGCUCGCUUUAGUUGGUCAGACGCCGGCGCAGUCCUGCGCGCGGCCGCUCAGCGCGGUCUUCGGCAUUGGGGCUCCUAGGUUACGCAGCGUGGUCUCGCUGAAGAUCGACGGCGUGCGGGGGUUUGACGACGGUUCCUGCGCGGCCGUGGCCGCGGGCUUGGAUAGACUGGAGGAGGUCUCCCUCAUCGGCACGAAGGUCGGCGACGCCGGUUUAGCCGCUCUAGCGGCCGGCGUGCGCGAGACGCUGGCGGAAAUUAGGCUUGACUCGGCGAAUCUGCCGGUUGCCAAAGAUAGGGUCGGCGACGUCGGCGUGGCCGCGCUAGCGCGGGUCGCCGGAAGAAAUACGGACGGGCGGGUCCUCCACACGGUGUCGUUCGAGCGCUACACGAGAAUAGGUGACGAAGCCGUUUUAGCGCUCGCGGGCGGGCUCGGCGCGACGCUCGAGCGGCUGAGCUUGGCGGGCUGCGAGGGCCUGUCUGAUUUAGCGCCGGUGGCGCUCGCCGACGCGUGCCGCGGGCUACGGUGCCUGAAUCUGAGUGGGUGUGGUAGGGUGUCGGAUGUGGGGGCCCUGGCUCUCGCGAGGCACCAAACCAUGCGGCGGCUCUCAUUGCAUGGCACGCGCGUGUGCGCCGUGGGUAUUGACUCCAUACUGGGCCACUCGCCGAGCCUGAGAGUUCUGCGGGGUGAGGACGACGACUACAAAUUUGUGAGGGGCGCGCCGCUCGCGUCUCCCUCAGUGCUGCGCGACGUCUGCGUGCGGCGGGGAAAUUCCGACGCGCCGCUGCACCGCGUCCGGGUCUUGAGCCUCGAGUUUGACGCUGAAGAAGACUACUUCUAUCUGGUGCGUCUCCGUGGCGGCGGCUAUGCGAACGCAUUGGUGAAGCCGUACCGGCGGUGGCGACGGAGCGCGGGCGAGCUUGUGGUGGGCAUAGACGGCCUAGAUGCGGGUGGGAGAGCCCACGGACACCUCUCCGUCGAGCGAAGGCGCAACGGAGAGCUAUUUGGGGCCAUUCUCGAGCGCGCCGCGCUGAUCGCGAGCAAGGAAGUUGCCCUGUCGACGUUCGUCCAUGCAAGCACAGCCAGGGAGAUUCACGUGACCCGGCCAAACGUGCUGCAGAUGGCGUUCGGACUGCUUCUCGACGCGGUGGAAGACGCCGACGAGCGUGAGCCCUCCACGUACUUUAAGGAGCGCAACGCAGGCGGGAGGUGCCUCGCGUCACGCGAGUUUGUAGGCUUCCUUCUCGAGGCGUUAAUCCGUGCGAGUCGCCCAUUUUGUCUUCGGUUACGAGGCGGCGUCGACGCUGGGGUUCGCGGAAGCAUCUUGUGGGAGGCGGCGGACGCGCCACAAUUAGCCAAGCUGCUCGUGCGGGCCAUCGACGCGACGGCCGCGGCGGAUCCGAACAGGCGACGCUUCCUGAAGGCAAUUAAACAUUCCGCAGCUUUGCGGAUGGUCGAACGCGCCCAGGCCGCCGGCGACAGCACCGCAUCGACCGCGCUCGUUGCCGAACUCGCAGAAAUGAUUCGUUGAUGAUAUGUGUCGCUCGCGUCGAUUGAUUAACACAACUAAUA